UUCAGGGCCUCCUGCAGACUCAUGGCAGCAGCUGACACAAAGCCGGGAGGGUCGGAGGAGUCGGGUCUGCUAUCUGAGGAGUCCGGUCUGCGGUCCUGGGAGUCGGAACUGACCCCCGUCCAGCACUCCCUGAAGUUCGUGUCCCCGCUGAAGGAGGAGUUCAUCUGUCCGGUCUGCAGAGGAGUCGUCCUCAACCCCCAACAGAACUCCUGCGGACACAUCUACUGCUUCCUCUGCCUCCAGAAGCUAAUGGACAGCUCUUCAGCGUCCGGUCCGGUCUGUCCCGUGGACGGAGCCAUGAUCACACCAGCUGAGGUUUUCCAGGACAACUGCUGCAAACGAGAAAUCUCCAGUUUAGAAGUGUACUGCACCAACUACCCAGAAUGCACUGCUGUCGUCCCAUUAGGCCACCUGCAGGUAGACGUUAGGAACAAUCAUU